AUGGCCCUGAAGCUCAAGGAGGGAGUAGCUCCCCUGGGCGGGAAAGGGGACAUGCAGGUCUUCCCGACACUGAGCAAGCCCAGCAGCUGCAGGCGUUUUAUGGUCCCUAGUUCUGCAUGCAUGCGCAGCUCCCUGACGACCUGGCUUAAUCCAAAGGUUAUUGUUUUCUGGUUGGUGACAGUUUUGUCCUCUUUCAGGGAAACUGCACCCAGGACCAUCUUCCAAAGAGUCCUGGAUAUCUUGAAGAGAUCCGCUCGCACCGUCGAGCUGGCCUGCAGAGACCCGUCCCGCGUGGAGCACCUGGCCUCGAGUCUGCAGCUGAUAACAGAAUGCUUCCGGUGCCUCCGCAACGCCUGCAUCGAGUGCUCCGUGAACCAGAACUCCAUCAGGAACUUGGAUACAAUCGGCAUUGCUGUUGAUUUGAUUCUUCUUUUUCGGGAACUCCGAGUGGAACAGGAAGCCCUGCUGACAGCUUUUCGCUGUGGCUUGCAGUUCUUAGGCAAUAUUGCCUCACGGAAUGAAGAUUCCCAGGCUAUCGUGUGGGUGCACGCUUUCCCGGAACUCUUCUUGUCCUGCUUAAAUCACCCAGACAAAAAAAUUGUUGCCUACUGUUCAAUGAUUUUGUUUACAUCCCUUAAUUCUGAAAGAAUGAAAGAACUGGAAGAAAACCUCAAUAUUGCAAUUGAUGUCAUAGAAACUCACCAAAAGCAGCCUGAAUCAGAAUGGCCGUUCUUGAUUAUUACAGACCAUUUUCUGAAAAGUCCGGAAUUGGUGAGAGCCAUGUAUGCCAAAAUGAGCAAUCAAGAAAGGGUCACACUCUUGGACGUUCUAAUAGCCAAGAUGGUGGGCGAGGAGCCUCUGACCAAGGAUGACACAACUGCGCUCCUGGGCCAUGCCGAGCUCGUCGCCAGCACCUUCGUGGACCAGUGCAGGGUUGUGCUGAAACUGACUGCCGGGCAGCAUGAUGACGACGAGGCCCUGGCUACAAUUAGGCUCCUUGACGUCCUGUGUGAGAUGACCGCCAACACCGACCUGCUCAGCUACCUGCAGGUGUACCCUGGCUUGCUGGAGAGAGCCGUUGAUCUUUUACGGUUGAUUCAUGUAACUGCCAACGACACCACGGACAUCUUCAAUACCUCUGCUUGCAUCAGAGCGGAAGGGGACGUCAAAAACAUGGCCGAGGGCUUUAGGUCUCAUCUCAUUCGUCUGAUCGGAAAUAUGUGUUACAAGAAUAAAGAUAACCAAGACAAGGUCAACGAGCUGGACGGCAUCCCCCUGAUCCUGGACAGCUGCAGCCCGGACGACAGCAACCCCUUCCUGACGCAGUGGGUGGUGUACGCCAUCCGCAACCUCACCGAGGACAACAGCCAGAACCAGGAUCUGAUCGCCAAGAUGGAGGAGCAGGGGCUGGCGGACGCGUCCCUGCUGAGGAAGAUGGGAUUCGAGGUGGAGAAGAGGGGUGACAAGCUGGUUCUGAAAGCCACCAGCACCCCCCCGCCGUGACGGACCCUUCCCCAGGAGCCUGGAGUUUUGGAGUGUGUUUCACGGACGUUUCAUCUUGGCAGCGCGUGAAGGUGCAAGUGUUUGAAGGCUCGGCACCGAUUCAGGAGCUCGUCAUGCUUAGAUGCUAGUGUUCCUGUGUUUCCGCGUAAACGUGAGAGUACAUGCGU